GAGUAGAACGAACGCGAAGAAGAUAAUACAAAGUAAGUACAAAUCGAUCGUCACACGCGAACAACAUCACCGAAAAGGAAAAGCGGGUGUUGACCAUUGAAGAAGAGAUUCGACUCGAACUUUGAAGUUAUCAAUCCCAAUAAAUUAUUUGAUUCGCUUCUAAGAAGAAGAAGGAGAAGAAGAGAUGGCUGUUUAUGACCAAACAGGAACCCACACAAUAACAAUAUCAAGGAAGAGGAAAUCAAGGGCUAGAGCAGACGGUACAACAGUAGCCGAUAGACUAAAAAAGUGGAAAGAGUACAACGACUCUGUUAACGCUUCCUCUACAAAACAAGGAGAGAAACCGAAACGGAAAGCUCCUGCCAAAGGGUCUAAGAAAGGCUGUAUGAAAGGCAAAGGUGGACCAGAGAACUCCCACUCUAGCUUCAGAGGAGUUAGGCAAAGGGUUUGGGGUAAAUGGGUUGCAGAGAUCCGUGAGCCUAAUAAAGUAAGCAGGCUUUGGCUCGGCACUUUCCCUACCGCGGAAGAAGCUGCUUCUGCUUAUGAUGAAGCUGCUAUGGCUAUGUACGGUCCCUUGGCUAGGCUUAACUUUCCUCAGCAGUGUCUUGGCUCUGAGUUUACAAGUACGUCAAGUCAGAGUGAGGUGUGUAGGGAUGAGGAUAAGGCUGUUCUUGAUGUGAAGCAAGAGGAUGUUGAUUGUAAAACUAGACCAGUUAGUGAGAUUAAAGAUGUCAAGGAAGUAUGUGGUGGGGAUGAACAUGGACAUGCCUAUACAAGGCUGAAUGAGUUUGAUGAGGAGUAUUGGAGCAGACUAUCAAAUGGAUUAGAGAAACCAAAGGAGGAGGAAGAAGUGAUACAGCCGCAGCAGGAGUUAGAUAUGCUUACUGUUGCGGAUUAUGGUUGGCCUAGUGAUAUGCAAAACGAGCAGGGUUUUUGGGAUCCGGAUGAUUCUUUUGAUCUUGAUGAACUCCUUCGUGAUAUUGAUGUAGGCCUGUUAACCGGCAAUGAUCCCUGCCAAAACCAAAGCCAGGUACACACUGGUGGUUAUGAUUCACAUCCUCUUCAGAUGGAGCCACAAGAUAAUCAUGAGUUCUUUAACUUGAGUUCUCUGGAUCCUUGAGAGCCUUGAGGGGAUGAAUAGUCUACAAGACUUGCAGUAGAAGUUGCGUAUUUG